ACAGUUGAUCAAACAACCACUGUUGAACAAACAACCACAGUUGAUCAAACAACCACUGUUGAACCAACAACCACUGUUGAACCAACAACCACUGUUGAACCAACAACCACUGUUGAACCAACAACCACUGUUGAACCAACAACCACUGUUGAUCCAACAACCACUGUUGAACCAACAACCACACCUGAACCCACAACCACUGUUGAACCAACAACCACUGUUGAACCAACAACCACUGUUGAAUCAACAACCACUGUUGAACCAACAACCCCAACAACCACAGUUGAUCAAACAACCACUGUUGAACAAACAACCACAGUUGAUCAAACAACCACUACUGUUGAACCAACAACCACACCUGAACCAACAACCACACCUGAACCAACAACCACUGUUGAUCAAGCAACACCUGAACCAACAACCACUGGUGAUCCAACCACCACAGAGCUACCAACCACCACGGAGCUACCAACCACCACGGAGCUACCAACCACCACGGAGCUACCAACCACCACGGAGCUUCCAACCACCACAGAGCUACCAACCACCACGGAGCUUCCAACCACCAUGGAGCUAUCAAUCACCACAGACCUACCAACCACCAUGGAGCUACCGAUGACCACGGUGCCACCAACCACCACGGUGCUACCAACCACCACGGCAGGACCAACCACAACGGUGAUACCAACCUUCACGGAGCUACCAACCACCACGGUGCUACCAACCACCAUGGAGCUACCAACCACCACGGAGCUACCAACCACCACGGAGCUACCAACCACCAUGGAGCUAACAACCACCACGGAGCUAACAACCACCACGGUACUACCAACCACCACGGAGCUACCAACAACCACGGAGCUACCAACAACCAUCGUGUUACCAACCACCACGGAGCUACUAACCACCAUUGAGCGACUAACUACCACGGGGCUACUUACCACCACCAUGGAUAUCGGGUACUAG